AUGGGACGAGGGGCUAUUCCAGUUUGCAAUGCAACGAGCUGCCAAGUUCCCACCUCUCUUUCUCAGGGUCCAAGUCCUCUUGCCCUUCCGCCACGCUUGAUUGGCUGGCUCUGUCGAUCCCAACGCUUGGCUUCCGAGGCGGCUGGCACAGGCCACCAAUUGUCUCUCCCAUUCAGAGCGGCUUCUGGCUCAUGA